AUGGCCACCUCCACUUCCACCACCACUAGCAGGGUUUGCCUAUCCAAGGACCCAAAUUACAUCACCCUGGAGGAACAAGACCAUUGCUGUGCUGCUGGCCUCUGCAUCAAAUGCAGUCAGAAGGGGCAUGGCAUCAAACAAUGCCCUAAUGGAUGGAAGGCUACAAUCAAGGAGACAGCCAAGGUGGCCAAGGAUGCUGAUAUUGAAUUUGUAUCUCUUGCCUUAGACUUGAAUAAAAAACUGUUACUCUUUAUCAAUCUUUAUGUCCAGAAUUUCCUGGCAGAACCCUUGAAAACCCUCAUAGAUUCAGGGGCCACUUUGAAUUUCAUCUCUCCAUCAAUUGUAGAAAAAUACAAAAUCCCAAAAACCCAACUUGAAAAUCCACAAGUUGUGAGAAUGCUAGAUGGUACUAUAUCCCAGACUGGUUGCAUUUGGCAUCAGGUUCAACUUGCAGUCUCAGCCAAUGGCCAUUCACACUCUAUCCCCUUUCUACAACAGGGAUUAGUCACAUUCCCUGAACAAGUUCAGAUUGCCUCUGAGGAAGAAGCAGACUUGGACCCACUGGCUGACCUACCUGCUCAGUACCACAAAUUUGCCAAGGUCUUUGGUGAAGAGGAAUUUAAGGUCCUCCCCCCACAUAGGGAGUACAACAUUGCAAUUGACCUUAUUCCCAACACCAAACUCUCACCUGGACCUAUCUAUGGCAUGACUGAUGCAGAAUCUAAGGCACUCAAGCAACACAUUGAUGAGGAACUAGCCAUGGGCAAAAUCCGCCCCAGUACCUCAUCUGCAGGCACUCCUGUGAUGUUUGUCAAGAAAGCUGAUGGAUCCCUUAGGUUGGUUGUUGAUUACCAGAAAUUGAAUGACAUCACACACAAAAGCAUUUACCCCUUGCCACAACAAGAUGACCUCAUGGCUAAACUAUGUCAUGCCAAGAUGUUUACCAAAUUAGACCUAAGGUGGGGAUACAACAAUGUGCGCAUCAAGGAAGGUGAUGAGAAGACUGCCUUCAGAACCAAAUAUGGGCUCUUUGAGUACUUGGUAAUGCCCUUUGGUCUGACUAAUGCACCUGCAGCCUUUCAACAUUGUAUGAACAAUCUGUUCCAGGACCUAAUUGACGUGAUGGUGGUAAUCUACUUGGACAACAUCUUGAUUUUUUUGGAGAAACCAGAGGAGCACCCUACCCACAUAAGGGAAGUCCUUUCCAGGCUAAUGAAGAAUCAGCUAUUUUGCAAACUCUCCAAGUGCCAUUUCCAUGUUACAAUGGUUGACUACCUUGGUAUUGUCAUCUCCCCAGCCAGCUUCUCCAUGGAUCAAAAGAAGAUCAAAGCAGUUACAUCAAGGCCACAGCUGAAGACAGUCAAACAGGUCCAGGCUUUCCUAGGAUUUGUGAAUUACCUCUGCCAGUUCAUUCCUAAUUUCAGUUCAGUGGCUCAACCCUUGCAUAACCUCACCAAAAAGGAUUCCCCUUGGUUAUAG